GUUUACAUCAUUAUUCCAGAAAGAUCCACAGCUGGCUCGUCUGCCAGGGGCCGUCGGUGUCGCUCUAUUUAAGUGCGCAGGCAUAAGAGCCAGCAGUUUUCUGAGUGCUGCUAAGACCCAGACACAAAAUGGACAUCGCCAUCCAUCAUCCAUGGUUCCGUCGCUCCUUCUGGCCAUCCUUUUUAUCCAACCGAGUCUUUGACCAGCACUUUGGGGAGCCCAUCUCUGAGACCGAUGUGAUUCCCUCACUGUACUACCCACGACCUUUCUUUCAGCGCUGGCCAAGCUGGGUGAGCGGUGGCCUUUCUGAGAUGACUAUGGAAAAAGAUCGAUUCAUUCUACAUCUGGAUGUCAAACACUUUUCACCAGAUGAGCUGUCAGUGAAAGUCAAUGGAGAUUUCAUUGAAAUUCACGCUAAACAUGAGGAUCGUCAGGACGAUCACGGUUUUGUCUCCCGGGAAUUUUUAAGAAAAUACCGUGUCCCUGCUGGUGUGGAUCCAGCCUCUAUCACUUCUUCCGUGUCUUCAGAUGGCGUUCUGACGGUGACAGCCCCACGCAAGCACUCGGACGGCCCUGAGCGCACCAUUCCUAUCACCCGUGAUGACAAGCCCACCCUGGCUGGGCCUCAGAAGAAGUAAAGCUGCUAGACUUCCAUGUUA